GCAUAUAUUCUAGAAGAUGGUGUCCACGUCGCUUUCGUCUUAUAGUUACACAACGUGUAACGGAGUUUCCAACGUGUGAUAAUCAUCUUUGUUGGUCCUUAUCAUUGCGUAUUACUGCAUAUAAUGCUGAUUCAAGCAAUAUUUGAUAUACCGAUUUUUGUUCUGGAUGAUAUAGAGGCAUUAUUGGAGAUUUUAUACGACGAUGUAAUUCACCACGUUAUCACAGUGCGUUCGAGCUUAUAAAUUCAUAAUACGCUGACCCCGUUGCGAGGUUGAAUAUGUCUAUUAAUACAUCAGAACCUUCCUUCCGAGGACACAAUCUAGGACCGAGCAGUGUUUCAACGUCUUGUUUGAGAAUCAUUUUUAGAGUCAAUUUUGUCAUUGAAUUUAAUCUGUACCAUCAAUACUUUCCGCAAUGGCUUCCAACAUCAAGGCUCUUGUGUUCGACCUUGGCGGCGUUCUCCUUGAAUGGGAUCGCCGCAGCACUACAGUGCUGUCCCCGAGUCAGUUUUUGACUAUCAUGAAUUCUACGGCUUGGCACGACUUGGACAGAGGCAUUCUUACGGUGAAGGACGCUUGCAAGAACUUCAGCACCAUCAUCAAUGUGGAGCCAUCUGUUAUUGAGAGCGCCCUGGACGAGGCUCAAAAAUCCUUGACCAUCAACGCUCCACUUGUACAAACAAUCCAUGAUAUCAAGUCACAAAAUCCCGAUAUCAAACUCUACGUCAUGUCCAACAUAUCCAAAGAGCAUUACAAGAUUAUCCGGAAUCUAGACUUGCCUUGGUCAAUCUUCGAUUCCAUCUUUGCUUCUGGAGUAGAGGGCAUGAGAAAGCCCGAUCUAUGUUUCUUCCGACAUGUUAUCAAGCAUACCGGAGUCGACGCAAGUCAGACUGUCAUGAUUGACGAUACGGUCGAGAACAUCUGCGCGGCGCGGUCUCUUGGCAUGUAUGGAAUACUCGUAGACGACGAAGCAUCCAAGACCGGUACCACGCUACUAAAUCUUCUCCAAGAUCCACUGCCAAGAGCGCAAGCCUUCUUGGAGAGUAACGCAAGAAAUCAUCAUUGUGUUGUCGAAAACCACAAAGAUGUCGUACUCAAGGACAAUUUUGCCCAAUUGAUGAUCUGGGAGCUAACAGGUGAUGAGAACAUCAUCUACCUCAAAUGGCCUUCUGGUAAAGUUCAUGGAGCCGUAAAUGGCCACACCAACGGUCAUAACGGUACCUCUAUCAGCUCAGAUGUCAAAAAUGGCCUCUGGAAUUACUUCUACGAGGAACCGAUUCUAGCCUCUCGGGACUUCCCACCCGACGCUGACACAACAUCGACAGCCUACGUAUCUAUCCCUUCAGAGUACCUAUUCAAAGUUGCAGACGUCGAGCUAGUCUUAGAUAAGAUGGCUAAGAACAUAGACUCCGACGGGAUAAUGCAAACAUACUUCGCUGACGACCGUCCUCGAACUACGCCUGAGGUUUGCUGCAACAUCCUUCGUGUUUUCUAUCGCUUUGGUUACGGCUCCGACCCUCGCAUUCGAAAGACGGGGGAAUGGGUCGUCAACUGUCUCAAAAAUGAUGCUUGUUCCAAUGGCAACAGGCACUACUCAACUCCUGAGAGUUUCUUGUAUUUUGUAGCUCGUUUGCACACAGAGAGCAGCCCGAGCCCCUUUUCGAAGGAGCUGGAGCUUGUUAAGGAGAAACUUGAAGAACGUCUUAACGUUCCCUCAAACCCACUUUCCCUCGCAUUGCGCAUCUUUGCCUGUCAGUUGGUUGGUAUUAGCGAAGAAUUGUACAGGAAGGACCUUCAAACGCUGUUGGCUUUGCAAGACAGAGAUGGUGGGUGGCCAGCAGGGCACUUCUGCUGUAUUGGAAAAACGGGUGCUCGAAUUGGUAAUCGGGGAUUGACAACGGCUCUUGUUGCUAGAAUCCUUCAGAAGGAAAGGGAGGGCAUCUAAGAGAUUCUCGGAGUAUUAUUUGCUCUCUCCUCCCUCAUCAUGUUAGUUCUGUUUAGAGAAAUAUAGAUAU